AUGGACGGCUACCAGCCCCACGGACUUCAGUUGGCCCGCGAGAAGUUCUUUGGUAUCAAUUGGUCCACCGUCCUCGCCGCCUUUCUUUUGAUAUGCAUCGCAACGCGCCUCAUCACGGGCCUCCAAAGUCGCAAAGUAGCCUCGUCACUAGCAGUGACAUUGGCGCCUUACUGGAUUCCGUGGAUUGGACAUGGACCUGCCUUUCUGUGGAAUCAUGUCUCCUUCUUCAGGAGAACUCGGUUGGUCUUAUAUUGUCUUCCGAAAGUGCAUCAGCUGACAAAUUGCAGAGGAUCCAUGGGUGAGCCGGUCUUCGGCAUAUAUCUACGUGGAGUGAAACAUAACGUCGUGGCGUCUCCGUCCAUGAUGAAAGAAGUUCUCGCUUUGAAGCAUUCCUCAAACUCCGAGGUGCUUGAUCAAGCUUUGCAAAACGUCUUUGGGGACCGUAGUCUCAUUCGGAGCCUUGAAAAUAACCCAGGAGUGAAAGAUCCGGCCGUCACGAUUCUGAACGAUGUUUCAUUCGUGGCCGAAGCAUCAUCUGUCAUUUCUCGUCUGGUUCAGCAGAAUAUGCCAAAUCUGGUGAGCUUCUGCCGAAGCGAGGUUGAUCAAAACCCCUGGGAACGUGGAAUCAGCCAGGUUGAACUUCCUGAGGACGGAACCCAAACAGUCUGCGAGGCCAAUCUGUUUGCACUCCUGAGCAGUUUCAUCGGCCAUAUCACCUCUUCUUUCCUGAUGGGUGAGGCUUUCGUGGAAAACUUCCCCAAUCUCGCAGAGGAUCUGGGCAGACUCGACGAUACCUUCGUGACUUUGUUCGUAGGCAUUGCGCGUUGGGUUCCUCACCCGGCAGCUUCAGCUGGCCAUGCGGCUAGCGACCGACUGCGCCAUAUUAUGUCGGUGUUUCACCGAGCGCUCACUGCUGUGGAUCACGGCAUUGACCCAGGCAUUGAGUUGCGUGAUCUCGACGAUGCCUCUGACUUGGUCAAAGAGAGAAUGCGGAUGUUCCACAAACUGGAGUUAUCUGCCGGGGCCAGCGCCGCAGGGCAUUUGUCUCUAUACUAUGACCUGAUUGGGCACACGAGCAAGAUCAGCUUCUGGGCCAUUACCCAUCUUUAUGCAGAACCUGCACUUCUCGAGCAAGUUCGUUCCGAGAUAGCCCCUUAUGUUGUAGCUUCAAGGGCAACUCGCCAGGAGACAGGGUUCCCCUUUGAUGAACCCCCUCGUCUUUCCGUUGAUAUCGAGCAGGUUCUCACCUCGUGCCCGCUGUUCAAGGCGUGUUACUAUGAAACCGUACGCCUUCAUUCGGCCGGAAUAUCAUUUAAGAAGCCAACGUCCGAUAUCACACUCACUGAGUCGGCAGAGGAAGCCGCCUACGGUCUGACAGAGCCCCGUAAAUACAAGAUUCACAGAGGCGAGAGGCUCAUUGUCCCUCAUGGCGCUUACUACCACGAUUCACGAUACUUUUCCAACCCGGAUCAGUUUGACCCUCUGCGAUUCCUCGUUACCGUCCCUGAGACCGGUACCCAGCGGGCUGAUCCAAAUGUUCUUGCUCCUUUUGCCGAGGGACUUUAUGGAUCCACCAACAAUGGGUUCACUGAGAGAUCUACUUUGACAUUCAUUGCUGGCGUUGUGGCAAUGUGGGAGAUUCAGCCUACGAGCGGGAAGCUGCUUGCAGUACCUGGGCACAAGACCAGCUGGGGAGCAUUCCGACCGACACAAGAUCUGAGAGUGAGGAUGAAGACGAGGGUAUAG